GCCGUCAAAGAGGAUGGUUGUUGCAUCGUUAACUUUCUCUCUCUAUAAAUACCCAUCCUUCUCUCUAUAUAAACACCCAUUGAUGAGCAGGAGUUUUAGGCUUAGAAAAAUUUACAGUAUGGGAGAAACAGUUGGGAAAGAGGAAGUUAGUGAACAAAUAGAGAAGCUGCCUCUUUUAACCUUAUAUAAAAUGGGUAAAUUCCAUCUCUCUCACAGAGUUGUAUUGGCACCAUUAACAAGGCAAAGAUCUUAUGGCAACGUUCCUCAACCCCAUGCAAUCUUAUAUUACUCUCAGAGAGCAUCUAAAGGAGGACUUCUCAUCUCUGAAGCAACUGGUGUUUCAGACACUGCUCAAGGAUACCCAUUGACACCUGGUAUUUGGACAAAGGAGCAGGUUGAGGCAUGGAAACCCAUUGUUGAUGCUGUCCAUGAAAAGGGUGGUGUCUUCUUUUGCCAGAUUUGGCAUGUUGGGAGGGUCUCCAACUAUGGAUAUCAACCAAAUGGACAAGCUCCAAUCUCCUCUACCAACAAGCAACUGAAGCCACAACUGAGAGCCAACCAGAUAGAUGUGGUAGAGUACUCCCCACCUCAAGCUCUAGCCACCGAGGAAAUCCCAAAUGUUGUCAAUGAUUUCAGACUCGCUGCAAGAAAUGCCAUUGAUGCUGGUUUCGAUGGAGUUGAAAUCCACGGAGCUCAUGGAUACCUGCUUGACCAGUUCAUGAAGGAUAGCGUGAACGAUAGGACCGACCAAUAUGGUGGAAGCCUAGAGAACCGUUGCCGAUUUACACUAGAUAUAGUGGAAGCUGUAGUUAAAGAGAUUGGAGCUGAUAGAGUUGGCAUAAGGGUCUCACCAUUUGCAUCUUAUGGUGAUGCAGGAGACUCAAACCCUGAAGCUCUUGGCCUCUACCUGGCCGAGGCAUUAAACAAACACAAUAUCCUCUAUGGUCAUUUUGUUGAGCCCAGAAUGAUUACAGUUGGUGAGAAAGCUGAGACACCACAUAGCCUUCUACCUAUGAGGAAGGCAUUUAAGGGGACUUUCAUUUCAGCUGGGGGUUACAAUAAAGAAGAUGGUAACAAGGCUAUUGCUGAGGGAGCCACUGAUCUUGUUGCCUUUGGGCGCAUUUUCUUGGCGAACCCAGACUUGCCAAGAAGGUUUGAACUGAAUGCUCCAUUGAACAAGUAUAACAGAGAGACCUUCUAUAUCCCUGAUCCAGUUGUGGGUUAUACAGAUUACCCCUUUUUAAGUUCCUGAUGAACCUGAUCCAGUUGUGAGUUAUACAGAUUACCCCUUUUUAAUUUCCUGAUGAAGGGAAUUAGUAAGAUGUGGCACUUCAGAAUUCUGUCUGAAAUAUUCAUAGAUUGGCACAUUAGAAUAUUCAUUUAAUCUGAUAUUUUAUUGUAAUGUCUUAUUCCUAAUAAUCUGGCUGCAGUUUCAUUUUUAUUUAAGUUAAAAAUCUUCUGAAUCUUCUUUAAA